GGUGUUUGGGGGCUUUCUGAAUAUUAGAAAGGCAGCAACGUUUCCUACUAGAUGACAACACAAUAUUCUUUUGGUCGUCAAUUUUCCCUCAGAUCCGAACCCCCCUACAACUACCCAGUCAACAACGACUCCAAACAGUACAGUCCCGGCAUUCUCAGAGACUACAAGAGCCGCUUCUGCUACAGAGCCUUUACCAUCCAUAAUUCCGAUCGCUGUUGUAACUGUAGCAGUACUGAUGGGACUCAUCCUGCUCGUAUCUAUCACUAUCUACCGAAAACGACGCAACCGAGGGGACAAGAGUGUUGAACGUCGGGAAGCCCAGGAAGAGAGUGUCACGUAUUACAACGUGCAAAUAGAUAACUCGCCCAACCCACCAGGCCGGAGUGACUCUGAAUUGAACAUGAACAGUCCAGCCAUAUCUACAGAAAGUGAGGAGCCCCAACCUACGUCAGAUUACGAGGGCAUCUCGUCACAGAAUGAAAUGCCUUUCAGAGAACACAACUAUGAGAAGAUUAGCGUCAGCAACGAGACGUCGGCAUACACCAGUAUGGCCUUCACCCCUGAUUACGUCAACGCUGAAGGGUAUUGACUGGACAAAGUGGACGCAGAGCGGGGACUUGUGGGCAUCGCAUCCAGUUUGCUUCCUGGAACCAGACAAUCCAGACCACUGAACACGUGACGAACUAUCGAUGAAGGCCUGUCCUCUAAUGUGGACAUAAAUUGACGUUGUAAAAAUUGUAUAUGUUUCCAAGCUUUCAAACAGUGUGUUUGCACCUGUGUGUCCUCGUUGUUUUGUGCUUAACCAGUUUAUGAGUGAAACGGUAUAAUAAAACGUUCCGAUCAAAGC